AUGGACGAUGUAGAGAAUGCUCCGGAGGAUGCGUCCGACGAGGAGGAUGAUGAUCCGUUGUGCCCGACAAUACGACUAACAAAGGAGGAGGUGGAGGCGAUCCGAGCACCCUGGCGGAUGGCGCUCAUCAUUAAGGUGAUGGGCAGGAAGGUGGGUUACACUUACCUAUUGCGGCGACUCCAGUCCAUGUGGCGGCCGAAAGGGAGCCUCGAUCUAAUCGCUAUUGACAAUGAUUACUUUCUUGUUCGAUUCGGAUUGGUCGACGAUCUGGAAUUCGCCAUGUACGAGGGUCCGUGGAUGGUCUUGGAGCACUACUUGAUUGUGAAGCCUUGGGUCACAGACUUUGAUCCAACAUCGGAUAAAACAGAGAAGAUGCUAGUCUGGGUGCGAAUUCCAUGCAUCCCUGCAGAGUACUACAAUAUCAUAUUCCUUAGGAAGCUGGGGAACAAAGUGGGGAGAACGAUCAAGAUUGAUCACGUAACCAGCCUGGUGUCAAGGGGGCACUUCGCGAGGAUAUGCGUGGAGGUUGAUAUAACCAAGCCGUUGAUAUCAAAAUUCAAAUACAACGAGAAGGUGAGAUUGGUGGCGUAUGAAGGUAUCCACAUGGUGUGUUUCGGGUGUGGUGUUUAUGGACACUCACCGGAUGCAUGCCCCAAGCAGGCCAGUGCAGCGCUGGAUCCUGCCGAGGCUGUCGAAGCACAUGUAGAUCAAGUGGGUGACGCUCCUUUUGGGGCGUGGAUGAUCGCACCAGGACGGAGGCCGCGAAAUGGACCGCGACAAUCGGAGAGGCAGCAGAAGCGAUCGGUUGAGACCAAACAGGGGGGACAUGGGGCUAGCGAGGGGGGCGUACAUGCAACCAGAUUCGCACCGCUGGUGGAGUUGGACGGAGAUGGGGAAGCGCAUGCAGGCAUUGACGUGGCGACGGAAACGGAACAGAAAAGUGCUGAAGAGGGCCAAGGGAGGAGGGCUCAAGCUGUGACUCCCCGGGGAGGUAGAGGGAGGCGACCGAAUGUAAUAGCCAUUGAACGACAGAUUACCAACGAGGCCAUUGCGGAGGGUGGGGUGCACAUCAGUGGGGGGGGGGGGGACCGUGCCGAUGAGCGUUUGGGCAAGGAGAACGCACAGAGGCAGGAGCGAUCAUCGAAGUCGGUUACAUGCAGCCAGUCUGACGGUGGUGGAAGGCCGCCUGAGUUGGAGCGCGUAGGAGAACACUACUCGGACAAACCCAGCAAUCUUGAUGAAGAUGGCGAUGAAGUAAUGGAGAUGGAGAAAUUGCAUGGAGAGUCUCCUGGGAGCGUGGGAGCAAACGGCGAUUAG